AGCACACGUUUAAGGUUGCCAGUCCGGUGUCGCCGAGCGGUUAACCAAAAUGUUCAAAGCGCUUAUGUUCACGAUCGCUUCUCUCGUUCCGUAUUUAUUUGAAAUUACGAAGGUGUUUACUCGUAGAAUUAAUUUUUUUUCGCACACAUAACACAGGAACAAACGAUUCGUUUAUAAUAUACAUGGUUCCAAGACGUUCGAGACAGCCUAUAGUUCGAACAGCAUUAAUACAGAAGAAUGACUGACAGCAGAAAGAAAAUCAAACGAAGAUAAUGAAUAUAGAAUACGUCACUUGUCACUAAAAAAUAGAUUUUUAAAUCAACCAUAAUGGAAGAAAUUCAUCACAAAGCUGUAUGCAAUGAAUCUCUGGAUGGAAAUAUACACCUAAAGAGUAACACUUCGAUUCUAUUAGAUACUUGCAAUAAUAGUUAUACUAAUCAUACGGAUUCGUAUAUAGAACCUACUUUAUUAUACGAUGUGCCCGUAAGCAUAAUUCUUCUCCUGUCAAUGUUCUAUGGAACGAUUUCUGUCAUGGCAGUGGUUGGCAAUGCCUUAGUCAUAUGGAUUGUGACGUCCAGCAGACGGAUGCAUAAUGUGACCAACUUGUACAUAGCAAACUUGGCAUUGGCCGAUAUCGUUAUCGGCCUGUUUUCAAUACCGUUUCAAUUUCAGGCGGCCCUGUUGCAACGAUGGAAUUUACCGGAUCUAAUGUGUCCCUUCUGUCCGUUCGUACAAGUGCUUUCAGUCAACGUGAGCAUUUUUACCCUGACCGCGAUCGCAGUUGACCGGCACAGAGCUAUUCUCAGUCCGCUCAGCGCAAUACCGUCGAAAUUCCGAGCAAAAAUGUCAAUAGCCACCAUUUGGGCGAUAGCUUUUGUACUCGCGACGCCAAUGGCUAUUGCUCUCAGAGUGCAAUUUAUCGAAUACGGAGAUAGAGACGGCCGUAAGUUGGUGAAACCGUUCUGCUACAACGUCCGGCUUCCAGAGCGCACUAUGCUGUUCUACAGGGUUACGCUUCUGUUUGUCCAGUACCUGGUACCUGUCGUCAUCAUAACGGUUGUGUACAUGCGAAUGGCAUUACGACUGUGGGGCUCACACGCUCCGGGAAACGCGCAGGACAGCAGAGAUGCGAACUUGAUGAGGAACAAAAAAAAAGUCAUAAAGAUGUUAGUUAUUGUAGUUGGAUUGUUCGUUUUAUGUUGGUUACCAUUACAAACGUAUAACGUACUUCAAGAUAUAUUCCCAUCAAUAAAUCAGUUUCGUUACAUAAACAUCGUGUUCUUCUGUUGUGACUGGCUGGCAAUGAGCAACAGCUGCUACAACCCAUUUAUCUAUGGAAUAUACAACGAAAAAUUCAAACGUGAGUUCCGCAUCAAAUUGCGGCACUUCCGGCGUGGCCGUUUUCGCGGAAAAUCAAACGCUAAUCACGGGAGGUCACCCUCGGUGCGGUCCACCACGUUGUCUGAGUGGAAAAGAGGAUAUUCUACGAAGUGCACUAACAGGACGACGGCGAACGGCGGCUGCGCAGACAGUCCGCCGCCCAGAAGGGACGAACUGGAAAUGUUCGUGUGCAAAUCGGGCAAGAUCACGUUGAUCAAGUGCGGCAGCCGUUCGGACCUCGAAGAACUGUGUCUGUAAAAAAUUGUUAUCGUUUGAUUCUAUAUUAUGUAUAGGUAGGUACCUAUCGAUAACUUGGUGCAAUAUGAACAUUGUGGUUAUACUAUUAUCAUAAUAAUUAUAAUUAUGUCAUGGUGACCAGCAUAUAUUGUCGACGAGAAUAUUGACGAUGGAGAUCGCUGCACAGGGCAGGAUUUAGUUUUGUACGUCAUACGACAAUAAUAAUAUUGGGUUUACUCAUAUUAUAUAUUAAUUAUUAUAAUGAUGAUCAUUGAUGAUUAUAAUACGAUUGUUUGUUCUUAUAAUAAUAAUAAUAAUUGUUUGCAUGAGCGAAUAGUCCUUUUCCGGCUAUACAUAUUUUAAUACCAUGAUUUAUUAUUAUUAGGAUGCAGCAACGCGUUUUUACAUAAUAAUAAUAUGUAAUUACAAAAUACUCGUAUAACAUUGUUCAAUAAUUCUGUAUACAACAGAAACGAAUAAUAAUGUGUUUAACACAGAUGGAAAGUUUUGUUUUUGUAUUUAUAAAUAACCCCAUUUUUUCUUUAAUAAUGGAUUUAAUCACAAUAUGGAUAUUGGAUUUUUUAACAAAGACCAUAUUUUCAAUAUUAUUUAAAUAUUUAUUUUAUUUAGGGAGUACCCAGUGGCUAGAUAUACAUCUUCUUUUCAAAUGAGAAAGACAACCAACCUUUUUGAAUUAUUAGGCCGCCGAUGAAUUUUUUUUUAAAUGUUGAUGCAUUGAUAUCAACAUUUGAAAGAGUAGUUUCUUAGUUAUUUUAUUCUAC